AUGAAUCAUAUUAAAAUUUAUAUAUUUUUCUUACAGAUAUUAGUUUAUACUUCAUCAGCACUUAGUUCACCCCCAUGCGGUCUCUAUGGAGCACCACCAUGUCAAUUUUUGCCAGCACCUCCGGGUCACACGCCCUCAUGUGCCAGACCGGGAAAAACAUAUUGCGAACAUGUCGACAAUUAUCCAACAUAUCUCAUCAAGCAUCUCGUACACAAAUGGGGCUUCGAAGCCAAAAAUCUGCUCGUAGAUGAGACAUGGGAUGAUUUUGCAUCAGUGGCGUGGCAUGAGACUCCAGUUUUCUAUGAUCCCGCAUACAUUUUCCCGCAGCGACAUUACAAUGGUAACGCUAAUGACUUCAGCGGCUAUAAAUAUAUAACACCACCACUGGGUGGUGUUGGCGGCGGUAAAUAUAGUGACGACUCUUACCGGUCUUAUUCUAAGCAGCCAACAACUGAACAACCAACCUUUCUCUUCUACGGCACUAGUGGUUCACGUUUGAAUUUGAAUAAAAAUCAAGUGAAUCCAUUUCAUGGCAAUCUAAAAAGUACGCCAAAUAAUCCGACUUAUUGGCUGAAGCGCAUUGUGCGUGACAUCAGUCAUGGUUACACUAGUGCUGCAGAUAGCAAUCCUCUAACGGCUGCAGAUAAAACGAAAGUAAACAACACGAAAGACACUGAAACUGAAGGUGAAAAGCCUACCACAUCUCGAGAUGUUUCUCUCAAUAUGGAUCUCUUGGACAUUGUCGGCGUGAACAAGGAAGACAGUAAUUCACGUUCUAAGCGUCAAAGUCCUGGUCGCUCAACUCUCUGUCAGACCACUUCACAAUUCAUCACUCCACAGGCCGCUCUAAAUAGCAAAGGAAACUGGAUGUUUGUGGUGAAUGAGGCCAACACUGCGCGUCAAAUGGUCAAAGCGGAAUUAUGCGCGUGA